AUGGGUAUUGCAGAAGCGCCGAUCGAAGCUCCACGUCCGAAACGAGGUUACACGACCGAUGCAGAGGAAGUGUACUACUUUUUAAGUGGAAAAGGAAUCAUUUCCGUGGACGGCGUGGAAACAGAUGUUAGUCCUGGCACAUCAGUAUGGAUACCUGCACAUACUGAACAUUUCUAUUACAACACGGGUACAGAGCCGUUAAAAUUUUUGUAUAUAUUUGCACGCGAUAAGUACAGUGAUGUGCAUUAUUGCUUUCCUGGCGAAACGGAAACAGCGUAA